UGAGUUUUCUGCCUUUGACCUUGAAUCUGAAGGUGUCAAUAUCAAGAUUGUUGAGUGGGAUGGAGAUUGUCCCUCGCUUGCGGAGCUCCCAGUGGUGUGGAUGUCAGUCAGUGGAAUUCCUCCAAAAAAAUGCUCAUGGAAAUCUUUUGCACAAACUGUUACCAGCGUCGGCAUUCUCAUGGACGUUGACUGGAGCUCUUUCUUCAAAAGUUUCUAUAAGGAAAUUAGAUUGCAAAUUGCCUGUAGAGAUCCAGUUAAGGUCCCAAAAGAGAGAAUUAUGGAAAUCGAUCAGAAAUUUUACCUACUCCGUUUCAAUGUGGAGGGUGUUGAUCAGGUGGAGGGAGAUGAUGGAUUCGAUGACCCUGCAGACAAUACUGUUGGUGAUGAGGGGUUUGAUGAGUUAGAAGAUCAAGAGGAAUCAUUUCAACAUAUGAUGUCUAGUGAUAACCAGAACACUCUUCAAUCCAACUCUGCACCUGCUGAUAUUGGUAAUGAUAAAUAUAGAUCUUGCUCUGCUAUUCCAGAAUCUUGGGAAGAAAUGGACCUUGAUGAUGAGAGGCUAGUUCUUACAUCUGUCUGUAAAAGUGUCCAGGAUGAAAAACUGGUUGAAGAGUGGAUAGUUUCUCCUGUGAGCUUCCGUUCCUUACCUACUAAUAUGAACCACCAGUUGGUAGAUGACAUCGUUUGGGAUUUUGAGCCAACUGACUAUGGACAAAUUGAUGGUGAGGUUUUGUCUGAGUUGGAGACAUCUGCCAGUGCUAUUUACUGCUCUCAAGUUCAUGAGGACUACAAGAUAUCGGAUAUUGAUACUGAUGUUGAUGAGAUGAGUUCAGAUGAUUCAACUGGAGAGAUGGAUUUCCUUCCAAAUGAGUUGAUCUCAAAAAUUGGUUCAGCUAGAAAAAACCUUUUCCCUGUCUUGGAGCAGCUGGCUGAAUCUGAAGAGAAAAAGAAGAGCAUGGUGGUAAAGGAGCAAAAAAAAAGCAACGGGGCCCUGUAGUGGCUACUUCUCGUAUGAAUACAAGAGGCCAUGGUGAUAUCAAUAUUCUUGAUAAAGCAAGAGAGUACCAGAAGCGUAAGAACCUUGAGGUUCCACCUUCGUUCAAUGGGACUGAGUUGGCCAGGUGUCAGAGAGCUACUAAGAAAAACUGUUGUGUUGAUCAGAAGCUGGCGCCUGUUGUGUUUGGACAAACACUCGUCCCUUCUGGAUGCAAACCUGAUGCGGUUGGAUUAUCUUCGUGGGGAGCUCUUGCGGAUAGCUUGGAUAUGAAAUGUCUGCUGUUGGGGAUGUCUGGCAAAGACCUUUCAAGCCUCGACCGCCAAGAGAGCCGUUCCAUGCUGGCACUAGGAGAUAGCCUGUGAGAAAUUAGUGUUAAUGGUGUUUGCCAUUUGGUUCCC